UUAAGAUGAAUGGGACCAUUUAUUACAUUUUACACGUCCAAUCACUGGCGAUUCGAAAACGUCCCAAACAAUAGAUUUCCUUCUAAGACUCGACAUUUCGAUUGAAUAUAGUAAUGAUACGAAUUACGAAUUUCGCUCUCUCAUUUAAUUCGUUCAUUUACCGGUUGAGUUAACUCAAAUUUAGCUCAACUCGAGUUGACACAUCUCUAUGUCUGAUUAGCUGCUACCGAUAUAACUCUAUAUAAUCUGUAAUUAUGUUAUUAAACUUUUAAAUUACCAUACCUACCAUUACAAUGUAUUCUUUGAUCUACAUUUUUGCGAAUUCUACCCAUCCUAUUUAAUUAUUAAUCAUGUCAGCCAUGGGAUUCAGAAGUAAAGAAAGUGACCCAGAAUCUCCAUUACAAUUUUAUAUACGACUGUAUUGUAAAAGAAAAGAUGUGUUACAAACGACACAAAUGGGUGAUAAAAUUGUUCUGGAAGCAACAAAGUCUUGGACUACACUAAGUGAUGAAGAAAAAUUGCAAUUUGUAAAUAAAUAUAAUGAAUGCAGAAAGAAACAGAGGGAUAAAUUAGCAAAUUAUUUAAAACAAACACAACCCUAUCUAAAGAAAAAACAGAAAAGAAAUGAUAUUCCUGUUUUGUCAAAUUCUAUUGAAGAACUGCAAAACAACAUCCAACAGACACAUUUCGAGCCUGUGGCUCCAAACGUUAGAAUUUCAGACAUAGAUCACCAAGAUGAUUUAUCAAUUAAUAAUACACUUCAUGAAACUGAUAAUAUUGCUAGAGAAAUGUCAUCACAUUCUUUGUAAGUAUAAUUUUUAAUU